ACAUCAUCAUCAUCAGUACCAGCGCGCCGUGGACAAUUCCAUCCCUAUGGUCACCGUGCCCGUUGCGGCUGCCGGCCUUAUCGCGAUGGUGCGCUUGGGGGCGGAGGAGCUGGCCAGCCGACUCUCUGUGCUCAACCCAGUGCACCUGUAUUUGGCCUGUUUCUUCCCGGCCGCAGCGGCCAUCGUCUACCUAAUGCUGCGUCCGCGCGCGGUGUACCUCGUCGACUACGCCGGCUUCCGUACCCCGUCUAACUGCCGGGUACCCUUCGCCACAUUUCUGGAGCACGCCAGACAACUGCCCGAGUUCAACGAGCGCAGCAUCCGGUUCAUGACGCGGUUGCUGGAGCGCUCAGGGCUCGGGAACGAGACUUGCCUGCCCCCGACACACCACUACAUCGGGACGCACAAAUAUUGCACCGUUGACGCAGCGCGCGCCGAGUUCGAGCUCGUGGCUUUCUCAGCCAUCGACGACCUGCUCGCCAAGACCGGUAUCGGCCCGGACGCCAUCGACAUACUCAUCGUCAACUGCAGCUUGUUUUGUCCCACUCCGUCUUUGGUCGACAUAAUCAUAAACAAGUACAAGCUGCGGAGCGACGUCCGCAGCAUGCACCUCUCCGGCAUGGGAUGUAGCGCGGGGAUGAUCUCCGUGAUGCUCCUGCCUAACUGCCUCUUCCGCAUAGGCGGAGCGGCCGCGCUGCUGUCGACAUCGUCGGCAAAGGCCCGGUUCCGCCUAAAGCAUGUCGUGCGCACCCUCACCGCCGCGGACGACAGUUCGUUCCGGUGUGUGUUCCCGGAGGAGGACGGAGAGGGCCACCGGGGGAUCAACCUCAGCAAGGAUCUGAUGAACAUCGCCGGCAACUCGCUCAAGGCCAACAUCACUGCAAUGGGCCCACUCGUCCUGCCGGCCAGGGAGCAGCUCAUGUUCGCCUUCUCCUUCAUCGCACGGAAGGUGAUCGGCAAGAGAGUGAAGCCGUACGUCCCGGACUUCCGCACUGCCUUUGAGCACUUCUGCAUCCACGCCGGUGGCCGCGCGGUCAUCGACGAGCUGCAGAAGAGCCUUAGCCUUUCCGACGAGCAGGUGGAGGCAUCACGCAUGACGCUGCACCGGUUUGGAAACACGUCGAGCAGCUCGUUGUGGUACGAGCUGGCCUACAUAGAGGCCAAGGGCCGCAUGCGCAAGGGCGACCGCGUGUGGAUGAUCGGCUUCGGAUCCGGAUUCAAGUGCAAUAGUGCGGCGUGGGAGUGCAUCGAGCCUGCGCGCAACGCGCAUGGACCGUGGGCAACGUCCAUCCACAGAUAUCCGGUGGAUGUUACUGAUGUUUUCAAGCAUUAACUGCUGGCUAUGAGGGUGCAUGUGUAAUAAAUGGCUAUAGGAACAGAAAUUGCUAAUGGGGCCCGAGCCUCAUGGAGCCCUUAAUUUUAAAAAAAGGUUGUAAAAAAUUCUGAAGAAAAAUACACACAUACAUAUGGAUGUAUAUAUACUACUCUCUCUGUUUCAUAAUAAGUUGUUGUAGUUCAAA